GUAGGUCUUCGAUGAAUGUGAAAAUGUAUUGAGAGAGUAGAAUCAGUUGUGAAAUUUUACAAGAUUGUUGUCUGGAGCUCCUGCGUUAUCUGGUCUGAACAGAAGCAGGAUAACACUUCUCAAUUUCCCUCAGUUCCUGUGUGAUUUCGAACAGUCACAAGUCUUGGUAGUAGUGGGACUGUGCGAGACGGUGUUGUGACCAGGUGGUAGACGAGGGUUUGAAACCUUGAAAGCCAUGGCGAUGAUGCUGCGAGCAUGCCCUUUGGCAAGGCUUCGAGAUGUCCAUCUCGUUUCCUCCUUCAAGGGCUUGUCACUCAAGUCCAACUCCACUAGCGUCUCUUUCUCUGCCGUCCAGGUGACGCCGGCAUGCAAGAAGCUCGUUGUGCAGCCCAUGGCUGCCGCCGGUUACAAGCUCAAAUCCCACAAGUGGCAUCUGGUAGCGCUUGUUCGGCUCCCAAUCGUGGACAAAUUUGUUUUAGCCUAUGGGAACGCUAGUGGAGUUGGACAUGUCAGACAAGCCCUUGAAGGAGUUGGGCUUGCAUCAGCCAAGAGGUUUGGUGUAACAGGAAGUGGUAAGAUCACCAGAAGGUGUGCAGGAAGGGCUCAUCUUCUGCGGAAGAAGUCCACGAAGCGCAAGAACCGGCUCGCGGGCAAGACCGAGGUGAAGCACUGUGACUGGCAGAAUGUGAUUGGCGCUCUGCCAUACCUGAAGACAAAGAAGCAAUAGAGUUUUUUCUUGGUAGUAUCUUGACAGAUAUGAUUAAGCUAGGAAGUCUGUUUGGGAAACGCCAUAGUUAAGCUUCAGGUCGCAAAUGGCAAUCUACAUCCAGGACGCGACUCUUUCUGUAACACGCAAUUUUUUCUCAUGCACUCAUGGAUGGACAUGCAUCUCCCCUUA